AUGGGCUUGCACGGGAAAUACGUCGACUAUCUUCAAGUAGAUCCUUCGAGCACAUACAUCAACAAAUAUGGUCCACCUCAAGAAGAACUACCUGACGACUUUUUGAACUUCCCAGAUAGUCCGAAGGAGAGUAGUCCGAAAUCUUCUUCGGAAACCACUCCAACGAGCGAUGCCCUAGAUUUCAGUUCUUGGGAGUCAGUUGAUUUGGAUAUUUCUGCCUACAUGAACAUCGUAUACGAAUCAGAAAGCGAAGUAAACUUGUCUACGAACGGUGUUCUAUCUUCUAAGACCCCCAAUCAGCAUUACUACAAAAAUAGAACAGAAACUGAGGAGAACCUAAUUACCAAUGAUGAGAUUCCUGGAAGCAGUGGCGUAAAUUUCGGUGGAUCCAGCGAUCUCGAAAAUUCUAAUCAGAAUGGAAUCCUCUCCAUACAAAAAACGGCCAAUUUUAGUGGAAAUUCAAUAAUUCAACAUCAGCAAAUCGAUAUCGAUGAAGUUUUACCAGCUGUAAAUUCGAUGCAGAUAUCUUCAAAGUAUGAUGAACAAGAGAACCAAUUGAAUCCCAUGAAGACACUAUCUAAACAAAAACCCAAAAGAGUGAGGAAACCUCGUCAAGCCGCUCAAAAAGGUUUCGAUAAUUCUGACAACGAGGAAGAAAUCGAUACAAAGGAUAUAGCCAUGAGAGUAGUCAACGAGUUGAAGACCCAUCAGAUCCCACAAAAAACCUUCGCCGAAAGAAUAUUGUGUCGCAGUCAGGGAACUCUCUCCGACUUGCUCCGUAAUCCAAAACCAUGGAAUAUGCUGAAAUCCGGACAAGAAACAUUCCGUCGAAUGCACAAAUGGUUGCAGCAACCACUUACAGCCAGACUCAGAAUUCUGCAUAUGUCGCCAGAAGAAGCUGCCGAAGCACAAGGAUUGCUUCCACCAACACCAGUUCCAAGUGGAGCUCGUAAGAGACGUAUGAAUUCUGAUGAAAACGAGCCAACAAAAGUUUCUCGUUUCGUUUUCACUGCUCAUCAGAAACAGACACUUCAAUCGAUGUACAAAAUUUCAUCACGUCCAACCCGCGAAAUGCAACAAAAGCUUGCCGAUCAUCUUGAAAUCAGUAUGGAAACAGUGGAGAACUUUUUCAUGAAUUCUCGUCGACGUGAUCGAUAUCGGGAAGCGACCCAACCGGCUAAAGUCAUCAAUGAGCCCAUUCCACAGCAACAGGAGGCUGAAAUCUUAUCAGAAUAUGAAACAGAUGACGAUUUUUACUGA